CAAAUCAAAUUCAUCUCCUAAUAUCUCUCCUUCUCUCUCUCUCUCUCAAUCUCUCUCUUUCAAAAUCACUCUCCUCAAAUUAUUCCAAACAAAAAAAAAAAAACAAUUUCUAUAUAAAAUAAAAAAUGGAAAACAAUCUACCAGUGAUAUCAAAGAGAGUGUGGAGUAUGGUACGUGUAGCCUUCUUCAUGUUGAGAAAAGGCAUUUCAAAGGGAAAACUGAUGAUGGGCCUAAACAUGAUGCUCAAACGCCGCAGCAAGCUUGCCGGAAAAGCCAUUGCCAAUCUAAUGUUCCACCAUCACAGCCACCACAGCUCCUCCUCAAGCCGCUCUCACGACUCACGCCACCAAUUUACCGCAUCAAGGGAGUAUGAAUUCAGCUGCAGUAACACUCCUCAUCACUUUUUCCCAAUAGGGAAACGUCACCGCAGCAACAACCACAAUCACAACAAUUUCUUCACUUGCGCUCAUACGCCACCUACGCAGGACGAUGAUGUGGCGACUAUGAGCGCAAUGAAGGCCGUGCUGGAGAUGCUUAACAAUGAUCAAGCAAUCGUAGAAGCAUCUCCAGCACUACCUGGAUUCGGGCGUAGCCCAAUGGUGAGGCAAUUGAGGGUGACUGACUCACCAUUCCCUCUAAGAGAAGAUGAUGAGAAAGACAACCAAGUUGAUAAGGCUGCUGAAGAUUUCAUAAACAGGUUUUACAGCCAGUUGAGGAAGCAAGAUUGAUUGAUUAAAUAAUUCAACCUUCCUUGUUUAGUUAAUAAUUAAUUAAUAUGUGUAAUCGUUUGUUGUGAAUGUUAAGUAAACCAUUUUUAAUUUUUGGUUAUUUUCAUGAUAUAUAUGAUCCAAGAGUUGAUAUACCUAUA